ACACACACAGCCGUACACACACACACACAGCCGUACACACGACACAUCUCAGACCCGGCCCCUGCUGGCCAGCUCCGAGGGCCAGAGGGAGGCAGAGUGCUGAAGGCGGCUGCGGGAGGCGGUGGCUGGACCCCGGCUGCCCCGGAGAGACGGAGCCCGUGGCUGGUGCGGCUGCCGAGCAGGGCCAGGCCGGGCCCUGCCCGCAAGGACGCCCAAGUUCUUCACCGGCCCCUGUGCCCGGGAGCCCACCGGGCUCUCUCGCAGGACCUGCCAUGACUUCAGAACCCACGUCGCCCCCGGUAGUGCCCCCACUGCACUCCCCCAAGUCUCCUGUCUGGCCCACCUUCCCCUUCCACCGGGAGGGCAGCAGGGUCUGGGAGCGGGGCGGCGUCUCGUCCCGGGACCUGCCCAGUCCUCUGCCCACCAAACGGACCAGGACGUAUUCAGCGACAGCCCGGGCGUCGGCUGGCCCCGUGUUCAAAGGCGUCUGUAAGCAGUUCUCACGCUCACAGGGCCACGGCUUCAUCACCCCCGAGAAUGGAUCCGAGGACAUCUUCGUGCAUGUAUCUGACAUCGAGGGGGAGUACGUGCCCGUGGAAGGCGACGAGGUGACCUACAAGAUGUGCCCCAUCCCACCCAAGAACCAGAAGUUCCAGGCCGUGGAGGUGGUGCUCACCCAGUUGGCCCCACAUACUCCCCACGAGACGUGGUCCGGCCAGGUCGUGGGCUCCUAGGCUGGGGGGCUCGCGUGUCAGCCGCCGGGUGGGUGGGGAGCCACACAGGGUAGAUGGGCAGCUGGGGGCUCCAGGCCCCACUGCACUGGAUGGCCCAGUCCCCUGGGCGGCCUCAGCAUACACGUCUGUCUGUCUGUGCUGGUGGCCGUGAGCACGUGCCUCCAUCCGCCCCCCGUGACCCGUGACUGUUGCGUGAGCUGGAC